GAACAUAAUGAUGACAAAAUUCAAAAGGAAAACACACACACACUAGAGCCUAGAAAAUUAAUAUAAAUUGUGAGAUUGUGUUCCAAAUUUAUUAGUUGACUUUCCAAAACUUUCUCCAAAUCUCAUAAACAUGGGAGGAGGAAACACAGAAGAAUCUCAAACUUCCAAGAAACAUGGUGGUUGGAUCACCUUCCCCUUCAUCCUAGGUUCUUUUGGUUGCAUAACACUGGCGACGGGAGGAUGGCUAGCAAAUUUGAUAGUAUAUUUGAUUAAUGAAUACAACAUUGAUAGUAUUGAUGCUACUUUGAUUUUCAACGUUGUUAGUGGCUGUCUUUGUGUUUUUCCUGUUCUUGGAGCUGUUCUUGCUGACUCUUUCUUUGGAUCUUUCUCCGUCAUUGCCAUUUCCACUUCCAUUUCUCUUCUGGGCAUGAUUUCCCUAACACUAACAGCAACUAUCCAUUCUCUAAGGCCUCAACCACCAUGUGAUCAUAGUGCCUCAGUCACAUGUUCUUCAUCCCCUUCAAAACUCCAAUACACAAUUUUGUACUCAAGCAUUAUCCUUGCAUGUGUUGGAUCUGGAGGCUCUCGUUUCACUACAGCAACCCUUGGAGCAAACCAAUUUGAUACAAUUAAAAACCAAAACAUUUUCUUCAACUGGUUUUUUGUCACUCUCUAUGCUGGAUUUGUUGCUAGCUCCACAGCCAUUGUCUACAUUCAAGACAAUGUCAGCUGGGGUUGGGGCUUUGGCAUCUGCCUCGCCGCCAACGUCCUUGCCCUUGCUAUUUUCUUGUUAGGAAAUCGAUUCUAUCGCCUCGAUAAGCCAAGAGGAAGCCCCUUCACUGCGCUCGCUCGAGUUCUGGUCGCCAAUGCUCGGAAAAGGCUGGCCGGGGUGCCAUUGACCAGUGAUAAUGGUUGUUACUAUUAUGGUGAGGACCAAGUUGUGGAUGGAGUGUUGACAAAGAGUUUUAGAUGUUUGAAUCGUGCGGCUCUAGUAACACAAGGAGAUGUCCAUUUGGAUGGCACAAUUGCAAAACCUUGGAGGCUAUGUAAAGUACAAGAAGUAGAAGACUUCAAAACUUUACUUAAAAUCUUCCCUCUUUGGUCAACCAGCAUAUUCCUCGCUGUUCCCAUUACAAGCCAAGCAAGCUUAGUCAUCCUCCAAGCCCUAACCAUGGACCGUCACCUCGGCCCAAACUUCAAAAUCCCCGCGGGAUCGUUCACCGUCAUCAUCUUCAUCUCCACCACCAUCUCACUAACCCUAGUCGAUCGGUUUCUCUACCCGAUUUGGCAGAAGUUGAUUGGACGAAUGCCACGACCUCUCGAACGAGUUGGUCUUGGCCACAUUUUCAAUAUUCUUUCUAUGGUAGUGUCAGCAUUGGUAGAAUCAAAGAGGCUCAAGAUUGUUCAUGCUCACCACCUUCAAGGUCAAGCUGAGGCAAUAGUUCCAAUCUCAUCACUGUGGCUUUUCCCACAGCUAGUUUUGGUUGGCAUUGGAGAAGCUUUACAUUUCCCUGGACAAGUUGGAUUGUACUAUCAAGAAUUUCCAAUAUCGUUGCGUAGCACGGCAACGUCGAUGGUCUCAGUGGUGAUUGCCAUUGCAUAUUAUCUUAGUACAGGUUUGAUCGAUCUACUUCAUAGGGUUACAAAAUGGUUGCCUGAUGAUAUUAAUAAAGGGAGACUUGACAAUGUUUAUUGGAUGAUAUCUGUGAUUGGAGUGAUUAAUUUUGGAUAUUAUUUAGUGUGUUCAAGAUGGUACAAGUAUCAAAAUAUUGAAAAUAGUGUGAAGGAUGAUUCUAUAACUGAAGAUUGAGAGUUCAUGUUAGUGUCAAGGAAAGGAGUUCAAAGUUCAGGUUUGUAAGAAUAUAGUAGAUAAUCUAUUAAGAAUCACUUUGAUGUAUAAAAGUGGAUAGAUAUCAGCUUUUUUUAAAAUCUACAGUUACUUGUGCCAAUAUGUUGUUGUAUUUAUAAAUUUUUAUUUUACUAAA